AUGGCACCACAUCCGUUUGACCCGGUGACGCCUGCCGAGCUCCGGCUGGCUGUCAAGAUCCUCGAGAACGCCUUUCCAGGAGUUGCUCUGCGGUACAAGGUUAUCGACCUCCAGGAGCCCAUCAAGAAGGAUGUCGUUCCCUAUAUUGAGGCAGAGAGACUAUGUGUCUCCCUGCCUAAGAAGCCUGCUCGCCUCCUCAUGGCCAUGUUCCAUCGGCUGGACACAAAGAGCUUUAUGAAGGCGUUGAUAAAUAUUGAUACCCGGGUGCUACUACAAGUAAAGGAGAUACCCAAGGACAUACAGGGACCUUGUGACGCAGACGAGUUGAUCGAGAUGGAACAGCUCUGCUUGGAGCAUCCUGCUGUGAAAGCCGAGGUUGAGAAGAUGAAGCUUCCACCAGGAGUGACCGUGUGUUCGGACCCCUGGAUCUAUGGAACGGAUGAUCCCAACGAAACCCGCCGUCUUCUUCAGUUUUACAUGUAUCUUGUCGAUACCGAAGACCCCCAGCAUAACCACUACUCCCUUCCAUGCACUUUUUCCCCGGUAUUUGACGGCAAUAGCAAGGAGCUAGUCCGCAUUGACUACCUAUCUACCGGCUCAGAUCAUUCUACGAAGCCCACUCAGCCCUGGAAACCGGUCAAGGCCGUUCAGUACGCCCAUAAUCUCUUGGAUGAGCCUACUCGAACGGAUCUCAAACCGUACAUAGUACAACAGCCAGAAGGCCCCUCGUUUUCUGUAAGUGGGAACUUUGUGCACUGGCAGAAGUGGAGGUUUCACGUCGGAUUCAACUAUCGCGAAGGAAUGGUACUGUAUAACGUGACGUAUGACAGACGCAAUGUCUUCUACCGGCUAGCCGUGAAUGAAAUGACCGUUCCUUAUGGAGAUCCACGGGCACCAUACCACCGUAAACAGGCAUUUGACAUCGGGGAUGUUGGCUUUGGAGUUACAGCCAACCAGCUAUCCCUUGGCUGUGACUGUCUCGGUCAUAUCAAGUACUUUGAUGGCUACAGAAUCGACUCCAAGGGAAAUCCAGUGUUGCUGAAGAACGUUCUCUGUCUACACGAACAAGACAACGGAAUACAGCAUAAACAUACCAACUACCGCUCCCAGGCGGCCACUGUGGUCCGCAACCGUCAACUUGUUUUGCAAAUGAUCUGCACAGUUGCAAAUUACGAGUACAUCUUUGCUUGGAUAUUCGAUCAAGCUGGAAAUAUCGAGCUUGAAGUCCGGGCUACAGGCAUAUUGUCUACCAUGCCCAUUGACGAAGGAGUGUCUGUUCCAUUCGGUACCAACGUGGCUCCAGGAGUCAUGGCUGCCUACCAUCAGCACAUAUUCAGCAUUCGUAUUGAUCCAGCCAUUGACGGAUACAACAAUACGGUAAUAUAUCAAGACAGCGUUUCAAUGCCAGAUGACCCUGUUACAAACCCUUACGGUGUGGGAUAUGUCCAAAAAACCAAGGUUAUCAAGCGUUCAACAGCUGCGGACCUCAGUGUUCCUGAUGCCCGUGUUUUCAAGAUCCGGAACGACAAUAUCAUCAACCCUACAUCUGGCAAACCGGUUGCCUACAAAUUGCACGCAUUGCCCAGCCAGCUCAUGCUUAUGCACCCCCUCAGCUUCAACAUGAAACGGGCCCAGUUCGCUACAAGGCCAAUAUGGGUGACCAAGUACCGAGACGAUGAGCUGUACGCUGCCGGCGAAUUCACUAAUCAAAGCAAGGGAAGCUCUGGUGUUGAGCAAUGGGUCGCUCGAGAAGAUGAUGUCGAAAACACGGAUGUUGUCCUCUGGCAUACCUUCGCACUUACUCAUAACCCCCGCCCGGAGGAUUUCCCUGUCAUGCCCAUGGAGAAGGUCAGCAUCAUGCUCAGACCGGAUGGUUUUUUCGAGAAAAACCCUGCUCUGGAUGUUCCGCAGUCAACGCAGAAUUUCAAUCAGUCUUCUUUACAUGUUUCACCUGAGAAAAACGAGACCAAACAUUGCUCAUGCCCAUCUACUUCAAAGCUCUAG